AUGAACCCCAAAUCAGCAGCAGUGAAGAGAACAGAGUCGCAAGGCUCUCCCUACCAAGCUCUGGUUCCUGAUGAUAUUGUGGAAAUGGAAUCUAGUGAGAACAAUGUGACCCUGCAUGAAGGAACAAAGACGCCACCCCCUAGGACCCAAGACAGCCUGAAAAAAGGAGAAGCUAAGCGACAAACAGUACGCCAACGUAUAUGGGAGCUUAGCGAAAUUAGCUACAAGGACUCCUAA